AUCCUUAACCUAAGCCGGCACUCUCAUAUUCGCUUCUUGUUCUCGAAAACCCUAGCGGCCGGCAACAAUGGCAGACGUUGAAGUUGAUGUUGCAGCGGCAGGACAGCCGAAGAAGAGAACGUUCAAGAAGUUCAGUUUUAGAGGCGUUGAUUUGGACGCGCUUCUCGACAUGUCCACUGAUGAUCUUGUCAAACUGUUCAGCGCUCGUGCUCGCAGAAGGUUCCAGAGGGGUCUCACCAGAAAACCCAUGGCCCUCAUCAAGAAGCUCCGCAAAGCGAAAAGGGAAGCACCACCAGGUGAGAAACCAGAACCAGUCCGCACCCACCUUCGAAACAUGAUUAUUGUACCUGAGAUGAUCGGUAGCAUUAUUGGAGUGUACAAUGGCAAGACAUUCAACCAGGUUGAAAUUAAACCUGAGAUGAUUGGGCAUUACCUUGCAGAGUUCUCUAUUUCAUACAAGCCUGUUAAGCAUGGUAGACCUGGUAUUGGUGCUACUCACUCUUCCAGGUUCAUUCCUCUUAAGUGAAAACUGUUAUUUAUUGGGAGACUGCACUUGUAGUUUAUAGCGGUUAUGAAGGAAACCCCAAACUCCUAUCAGAUUUUGUUUGUCAUUUACCCGUUUGAUUUUUUCAGUUGCCUAUCAAUGUUUUGACUUGAGGUUUAUCUUGAUUUGAUUCCAUAGUAUCAACAUUUUAUUGUUUAAUUUUGUGAGUUUUGUUUUAUUUUGAUAACUAAACGUGUUUACUUAGAACAUGGAAGCUUCUA